AUGAUAGCGCUACCACCAGAUGAGCCAGUUUCUUUAAUUGGAGAGCACUCUGAUUUAGCUAUUGAACGAAAAGUCGAGAAAAGAAAUGAAUUAGAAGAAUCUCAAGUUCACAACUUGAGUACAAAAGAAAGAGAAAUUUGGGAACGAGUGGGAAGAAAGGGAAGAAAAAAAUUUAUUAUUCAUGGCCAUAACUCGUCCUUGAAUAUUACCACUAUUACCACUAGUUCCUUGGCGGAGUGUUCGAAGUUCAUUGAACCAACUAAGACACCUGGUAGAAAACGAUUCUACUCAAUUUCAGACAUUCAAGAAAUCUUCGGAGACAACCAACAACAAUCCGCGCAAAAGACAAAGAUCUGCUACGCUAGAGUCAGUUCAGAACAUCAACGAGACGACCUUGAACGACAAAUCGAAUAUGAAAUCUUUAGCGACAUUAGUUCGGGGCUCAACUGGAAACACAGGGGUUUUGUUGCCCUUCUGGAACGAAUACACGCGGGAGGAAUCGAAGAAGUGGUGGUUACCCAAAAGCUUGUGGAAUGGAUCUUUGAAAAGAAUGGGACUUGGCUCGUGAUACUCAGUACAGAUAUCAGUGCUGAAAGUAGUGAAACCGGAGAACUUGCAGAAGACUUCACAUCGCAAAUCGCAGGAGGAGAAGAGAUGUUACCCAAGAGUUCCAAGAAUUCCAAGAAAGAAGUGAAGAAACUUCCAGCAAGCAAGGUGCAACGGAUUCGCAUUUAUCCCAACCAGCAGGAGCGUCUGAAACUCAGAAGAUGGAUAGGAACAGCACGAUGGACAUACAAUCGGUGUCUUACUGCGGUCGAAAAAGAAGGUAUCAAACGAGAAAAGAAGGAUCUACGCGCGUUGUGUCUUAAUGCCAAAAACUUCAAUGAUACCAAACUCAAAUGGAUCCUCGAAACUCCCUAUGACAUUCGUAAUGAAGCAAUGAAUGAUUUGCUCAAGGGAUAUUCUUCUAAUUUUGCUGCUAAGC